AUGACUGAAAAAAUUCAGGAGAAAUGUGAUGCAUUAGAUGAAGAAGUUAAAUUGCAUGAAAAGUUUGUUUUAUGAGCAAAUUUUUUUCAAUCUAUGAAAUUAUUUUUCAAUUUAGACGAAGGGAAGAUGACGUGAAAAGAAAAUUAGACGAAGCUAAGUGUGAUCUGAUGAUGCCGGCA